UGAUAAAAUUAAAAUAAAUCAAACGCAUAAAAAUGAAGAACACCGAUCCAGAAAUCAGGAAUCCAACUACAGAGCCACAGUUCCACAAACACUGGUUUGCACCGAUUGAAAUUCUGGGACUAUCGGGUUCUUCCCAACGACAGAUCAACACGUUUCGUGGUCCUUUGCAAAAACCCUUCUCUCUCCUGAGUUUCGGGUUUCGUUUGCAUCGAAAGUGAAAGGUCACGUAUACAAAACAAGCUUGAUUGGUAUCUGCAUUUUGUUUUUAACAUUUUUUAUCACCGAGGGAAGUUGCUCUUCGACAUCUGUUCAAGAUCUAGGGUUCUUGUUCUUGUUCUUUCUGAGACGCUUACGACGCUGACGCCGGGGAGACGGCAAGAGAGGAAGCCGCUGGGCGUUUCAAUUUCAGAAGAGAGAAGGUAGCAGCCAUGGAGAGCUCUAAAGAAGAGGCACCGGUUGUGUUUCUCGAUCGACUCUCUAGGUCAACCAGAGGAAAACGAAUGAACAAGUUGCUUGGUGAUGAAAUUGAAGAGGACGACUUGUUCUGGAAUCAGGAUGCUCUGAAAGAGGAAGAAAAUGAUAAUAAUUAUGAAGAAGAGCCAGAAGUUGCUGAUGAGUUUGAUAGUGAUUUUGACGAUGAUGAGCCUGAACCGGAGGAAGAAGCGGAAACUGUUGCUGAUGAAAGGACGCAGACAAAGAAACGGCUUAUAUUUCCUGGAAAGCCUUCAACGAAGAAGAAAAAGAAGAAGAAAGUCCUUUCCAAAUUAGAUAGGCCUUCCAGUGAUGAAAAAUCAGCUGAACAGUCUACUGCCCCAGAGCAACAUGAUGCCCCUGAUGAUGUUGAAGCAGAGAGAAUAGUAAGGAAAUCUACGAGAACAUCAGUUAUUGUUAGGCAAGCUGAGAGAGAUGCAAUACGCGCAGCUCUGCAGGCUACAAUGAAGCCAAUAAAGAGGAAAAAAGAAGGUGAAGAGAAGAGGAUGACACAAGAAGAAAUGCUUCUAGAAGCUGCUCAAACAGAAAUCAUGAAUUUGAGAAAUUUAGAGCGUGUUUUGGCAAGGGAAGAGGAAGUUAAGAAAAGAGCAAUUGUGCAUAAAGCUGUCUACAAUGGCCCUCAGAUACGAUAUUUCUCUAAAGAUGGUUUGUCAUAUCUAGAAUUCAGAGGAGUGUCAUUUCAGUCAGAGAUUUCAACCGCAUCUGUUCCAUAUCCAGAGAAAGCUGUGUGUGCUGUAACAGGUUUGCCUGCCAAGUAUCGUGAUCCAAAGACAGGGCUACCUUAUGCAACCAAGGAAGCUUUCGAAAUUAUUCGCCAGCGCUUAGCCGAUGAAAAUAACAUGAAAAAGGAAAUGGACAUGGGGGCGUUAUUUGAUUCACUUAACGGGAAAGGAUUCAUGGGUAGAAGGAAGAGAUCCCCUAUAUCCAAUAGAAGCAAAAUGCCAAAUUUCUCCUACUUGUCUCAGUUUGGCAGGAUUUCUAGUUCUACUAUAGAAAUUGACUCUUCGGACUAGGAUUUUAAUCUAUAGCCUUGUACAACAUUAUCUUAGAAAAGGGUAAAUUUUUUAUUUUUUGAAAAAAUUAAUUUAAACUUUGCAUUGAUUGAUUAGUGAGAUGAUGUUAUUAUCACAUUAAUCUAGGGCAUAGUCCUUAUUGUCUGUCCCAAUUUUGUUGGUCAUUUUUGCAUAAGUAGUUGCUUCCAUUGAAAUCCUACUUCAUGGAGGUAAAACAUUAUUUGGAUAGGUCUCUUGUUCGUAUGAGAGGUGUGCUUUCUUGUUCUUUAUGAAGGUGUUUUGAGUAUAAUUACUUAGAGGAGAAACAAAAA